UGGCAAUUUGGAUAAAGCGCUGCAACAUUGCGACAUUGCUUCACCCGUGUUUGGUCACAUCUUCUUCUUCUUCGGGCAAAUCGCUCUACCCCUGAUCACUCAGCAGCACGCAGCAGCAGCAGCAGGCAGGGCUGCCGCAGGCCCAGCAGGAUGCCGGGGGGGGCAGGGGGGCACGCGGGACGGUCCCUGCUGCUGUGGCUGGGCGUGGCCAUACUGGGUCAUGCACUGGUGGCGCUCUUCGGUGUCCUCGAUCGCUGGUUGCAGGUCAAGCCUUCGCCGCCCCUGCCUGCCCUGCGGCUGGCGCUGCUGGUCAGCCUGCUGGCGCUGGUGGAGCUGCCGAGUCUGGAGGCGGGCGUGGUGGCGGCGCAGGAUGCCGACGUGUUCAUCGGCAUGCACGGCGCCAACAUGGCCAACUCCUGGCUCAUGCGGCCUGGCAGCAGCGCCAUUGAGAUCAGCCCCUACGACUCGCGGGUGCCCUGGCAGGCGCUGGAGGCGAUACUGGCAGAGCUUGCGGCUGUGGGCGGCGACCGGCAGCGCUACCUGGACGACUACUACACCCGCUGGCUGCACCGCUUCAAUCUGAGCUAUGCGCGUUUUUGCCUGGAGUUUAUGGAGCCAAAUGCCCCGGUCCUUGUUGAGGGUGCGACGGAGGGCUGGCGGGCAGCAGUCGACUGGGUUACCCCAUGUGGCGCAAUCGACUUCGACUUCCUGCGGCAGCAUUUUGGACAUGCGCAGGUCAUGGUCACAGACACUGCCAGAGAGCACGAGGGGAGCGGGCCCUGCCGGCAGAUGCUGCUGGCAGAGUACAUUGACUGGUGGCAGCAGCACAACCAGCAGCAGCAGCAGCAGCAGGAGGAGGAGGAGGAAACAAGGGCAUCCAGCACGUUGCUGACUCCUGGUCCCUUGUGGUACUGCAAGGACUGGCACUUGGCGGCCUUUGAUCCGCAGUAUCAAGCCUACCGCUGCCCCUCCUUCUUCUUUGACGACUGGCUGAAUGAGUUGUACGAUGCCCGUGAGCAGCCGCAGCCGCAGCACGAUGUCAGGACAGCCGACUAUCGGUUUGUGUAUCUGGGUGCAAAGGGCACCAGCACCUCACUGCACUCAGAUGUGCUGCGCAGCUUCAGCUGGUCAGCUAAUGUGGUGGGAUGCAAACUGUGGCGGUUGCUGCCGCCCCAGUACAGCCACCUGCUGCUGGACCUCCAUGGUCGUAUCCCUGCGUGGGAUUUCUUUGCAGAAGACCUUGAAGUGGAGAAUGUCGACGACUGUAUUAGCAUCAACCACAACUGGCUCAAUGGCCACAACGUGCACUGGACGUGGGCGCUGCUGCGACUGGAACGGCGGCAGGCUGAGGAGGGCAUCGAGGACUGCCGGGAGCUUUGCAGCCUGGCUGAGUUUGAACGAUUGGUUCAGAGAAGUUUGGCGGCCAACGCGGGCAUGGACUAUGCGGGACUUGGGACACUGCUGCGCUGUAUCGCGCGGCGCAGUCUGCACCAGCUAGCAGCAGUCGGCGGCUCCCCGCGCCAUGAAGGAGCACCACCAGGCCAGUUGCAAGAGGCAUUAAUGGCAGCUGGAAGAGAGGAAGCAGGCAGCGGCAGCGAGCAUCAGAGCUGCCCAUCUAGGAUGGUGGCUGAUGAUGGAUACAUCGGCCUCAAAACUUGCAAUCUCAGUAGCCCUUGGCAUCACAUGUUCAGGCUCCAGCGCGUGGCGGCGGUGCUUCGAGACCUCGUGGCAGAACAGCGCCACCUCCAUAAUGGCUGUCAGCAACUGGAUGGCGAAGCAGCACUGCCACAUGCCGCAGAGUUGGAUGCCAACAGCGCCUGCCUGGCGC